UUUCCUGCUCCUUGUGCAUACACAUAGUUGCUUCCUCCCUCUCUCGCUCUCACCCUCUCUCGCGCUCCCUCUCUCUCUCUCUCUCUCUCUGAGGCAGUUAUUCAUCUACGGAGUGAGUCAGGGAGGGCGGAGUUUCAGAGGCCAGCAGUACCAGUCACCCUGUUGAAUCUCACUUUUUUCCUCUCCCUCUCUCAACUUCUCCUUUCUCUCUUUCUCUCUCUCUGUCUCUCCCUCUCUCUCUCUUUCAGCACUCUGUGUAACCGUUCAGGCCGUGUUUUACAUCUAACCUGGGGGAGCAGUAGAACUCGGAGUCUCCGCAGCAGCCUCUUUGUGGAAGCUUAAAGAUUUUGCACUAGCCCGAGGUACUUCAGACGUCUGCGAAAAUGCUGGAGACGGCCCGAGACAGAGUGCUGGACAUGUAUGACAAACUCUUAAAAAUGAGAGACCCACGGCUGAGCGGAUACCUGCUGAUGGAGAGUCCCGUCAGCAUGUCGGCCAUUCUGCUCGGCUAUCUCUUCUUCGUACUGUACGCGGGCCCUCGAUUAAUGGCCAAACGCAAACCCUUCGAGCUGAAAGGGCUCAUGAUCGUCUACAACUUUUGCUUGGUUUUUCUGUCUAUCUUCAUUGUAUAUGAGUUCCUGAUGUCAGGAUGGGCUACAACAUAUACGUGGAGGUGUGACCCCUGCGAUUACUCCGACAGCCCUCAGGGACUCCGGAUGGUCCGAGUGGCCUGGUUGUUCCUCUUCUCGAAGUUCAUCGAGCUCUUUGAUACGGUGUUUUUUGUGCUGCGUAAGAAACACGGUCAGAUUACGUUCCUGCACAUCUUCCACCACUCCUUCAUGCCCUGGACCUGGUGGUGGGGCGUCAGCAUUGCUCCUGGUGGAAUGGGCUCGUUUCAUGCCAUGAUCAACUCUGUGGUCCAUGUGAUCAUGUACUUCUACUAUGGCCUCUCUGCUGCAGGACCACGAUUCCAGAAAUACCUCUGGUGGAAGAAAUACAUGACAGCCAUCCAGCUGGUGCAGUUCGUCCUGGUGUCCCUUCACGCCACGCAGUAUUACUUCUUGACCAGCUGUGAUUACCAGGUGCCAGUGUUCCUCAACCUCAUCUGGGUGUACGGCACCUUCUUCUUCAUCCUCUUCUCCAACUUCUGGUACCAAGCCUACGUGAAGGGCAAGAGGCUGCCCAAAAGUACCGAACAGCCCAAAAAAGGCAAGUCGAGCAUCAACGGCCGCAUCAGCGUCCCGAACGGAGCCUCGCUACUGGCCAACGGCAACGGCGUCCAUCACGAGAACGGCUUGUCCAACGGCAAGAAGCAUUACGAGAACGGUAAGAUGAAGAAAGCCUAACGUCCGAGAGAGAAGAACGUCCAAAACGAAUGACCGCGAGUGCCUGCAUUUAAAAACGCCAUGGAUUCCAAAGAGUGUUUUGGGACUUUUUUUUUUUUCUUGUUUAUUUCGCAGUUUUACGAUGCACAAAUACAUGGGGAGAUGAAUAAAUCUGGGAUCCCUGUUUUUUUUUUUUUUUUGAUGAUUGUUAUUAAUUUGAAUUGUUAAUCUAUAGAAAAAAAAAUUCCGAGCACAAUAAUAUGAAGAGAAGAGAUUUAAUGACUGGUUGUGUUCUUCACUGAUGAUGGUGCUCACCUUGUCAUGAGUGAACGCACUCCUCAGACUCCCACACGGCACUGUACAUUUCUCUUAAGACAACCUGAGCUCCAGCUGUAAAUACUGUAGGUUUACUUUACUGUCAGAACUAAUGGGACGGAGAAGGUUCUACGUUUAGUUUUUUUGUUCGUUUCGUUUUGUUACUGAAUUAUAUUGACUUGAAAAUAUCAAAAUAAAUUCCACUUAAAAAUGA